AAGAAGGGAGACAGGAAGAGGUCGAUUGAUUCGGCUGCUCACAUGUACACAAAUCUGGAAUGGAUUCUUCAGGUUCUGAGUUAAAGGGUAGAAAACAAGACGUCGAUAUGACAUCUAGCGAUGAUCCACCCGCAGAAGAGGGCGAGUUUUAUCCCGGCUUUAAGGAUGUCGAUGCAUUCAUGAAGUACGGACUGGGCACAGUUGUAGCUGCUACCAAAGCAGCUGCCAGUCUCCCUCAAGUCGGUGAUGAAUUCGACUUGUACCGUAGCUUUCCGGGGUUCCAGGAGUUCUGUGCGACUCAGGGAGAUGGGUUGUUGCACUGCAUGAGUCAGAUUAUGCAGCAUCACGGCUGCAGAGCGCACAUGAGAGACCGCAACAAACUGACCGGGUUGGAGGACAGAUUUGACUUGGUGGUGGAUUCCAACGACGUCAUCUUGGAGAAAGUGGGUAUUCUGUUGGACGAAGCUGCAGGAGUCAACAGGACUCAGCAACCUGUCAUGCCCGCUGGCUAUCAGCCCCCUAAGAUUGUGGUGUCCAGCUGGAACAGGAAGGGAGGAAACUCCAGGGCUAGCGGUGGUUCAGAGACAUUCCGACUCCUCCAGGCAAAAAACAUUGCCAGGCCUCAGCUGAAAUUCCGGGACAAAGUUGACAACAGCAACACCCCGCAUGUGCCCAAGAUCUUCAUCAAGCCCAACGCAAUCAAACCUCUCCCUACGUAUUUCACCAACCAUCGCAUGCGUGCACAGAGACCAGAGGAUCUAGACGUGCCAGCUGCCCUGGCCGACCUCAUCCACCAGCAGCGCACUCAGGAGAACGUAGAGGACAUGUUUGCUCACCCAUACCAGUAUGAGCUGGAGAAUCUCACUCAGCCAGAAGCACUGCUGUCUAAAUCCGAACCUCAGAUGUACAAACCUCUAGCAGAGACGAAGUGCUCGUUCAUAUACUCCCUGGAAGAUCUGGCGACCUUGAAUGAGAAACUCUGUCAGGAAUCUGAGUUUGCUGUUGAUCUGGAGCACCACUCCUAUCGAAGCUUCCUGGGCAUCACCUGCCUGAUGCAGAUCUCCACCAGAGAAGAAGACUUCAUCAUAGACACAUUGGAGCUGCGCAGUGAUCUGUACAUUUUGAACGAGGCCUUCACAGACCCAACAAUCGUCAAGGUGUUCCACGGUGCUGACUCAGACAUAGAGUGGCUGCAGAAGGACUUUGGGCUGUACGUGGUCAACAUGUUUGACACUCACCAGGCUUCCCGCGCCCUCAACCUCGGCCGGAACUCCCUGGACCACCUGCUGAAGCACUUCUGCAACGUGGACUCUGACAAACGCUACCAGCUGGUCGACUGGAGGAUACGACCCCUGCCUGAGGAGAUGUUCCAGUACGCGCGGGCAGACACCCACUACCUGCUGUAUGUGUUUGACCGGAUGAGGGUGGACCUGUGUGAGCUGGGCCAUGGACAACCAGCCCUGCUGAGGACUGUCUGGAACAAAAGCAGAGACAUCUGUCUCAAGCGAUACCUCAAGCCCAUCUUCACAGACGACUCCUACAUGGACCUGCUGAAGAAACAGAAGAAGACAUUCAACACACAGCAGCUCACUGCCUUCAGACUGCUGUACGGCUGGAGGGACAAGCUGUCCAGACAAGAGGACGAGAGUACUGGUUAUGUGCUGCCCAAUCACAUGAUGACCAAGAUAUCUGAGGAACUCCCAAAAGAGCCUCAAGGCAUCAUUGCUUGCUGUAACCCUGUCCCCCCGAUGGUCAGGCAGCAGGUCAAUGAGCUUCACCUGCUAAUGCAGCAGGCCAGGGAAAUGCCCCUGCUCAAGGCGGAAAUCAUCGCAGAGAAAAAGAAAGGACUCACGCCCCCAAAAAAGGCAGAGGUUACCAUGUUUGGUCCUCAUGAUAACUCAAGAGUCUCAGAGAGUGAUUUCCCCAUCUUCUCUCCAAAUGAAUUGCCAACUAAAAAGGGAACACUCUUCUCUGAAGAGGAACCAGUGGUGAAGAUGGAUUCGCCAAAUAUAAGUGGUCUCGUUGCCUCAGCUAAAAUCACAGUUUUUGAGGAUGCUGACACAGUGAAAGAGCCUGGACAACUAACCGUAGCCGAACAGAAAGCCUCCAGGAUUGUUGAAUCUUUCCAAAACCCCUUCCGAAUGUACCUACCUUCAAAGGACAUCCACAUCAACAAAAACGCCAAGUUUGAUCCAUCGACAAAAAUAUACGAGAUCAGUAACAGAUGGAAGCUACAGAGUAUUGAACAGCAGCAGAAAGAGGUGGAGGACAGACGGAAAGUCAAGGAAGAGGCCAGAAAGGUGUCAGAGGAAAGGAAAAAGGCCAAACAAAGCUACCAAGAGUCUCUACAGGAUGUUCCGACUGUGCGACAGCAAGCUGCAGAAUGUUCAAAACCUGGAGGAAAGAAGAGAGAGAGGAUUGUCAGCGAAGGGGGGGAAGGGACACCGAAACCCAGUAAAAAACAAAUGAAAUCUGCAGAGAAGACAAAAGUGGUUGACUCCUCUCCAACGCCUGAUUUUCAGCCUUUUGACUACAGUCAGUCUGACUUCAAAGUUUUUGCUGGAGAUAAAUCAAAGGAUGGUUCACAAUUUGAUCCGAACAGACAAGGCCACAAUCCCAAGAAAAAGAACAAUGCCAAAGGGAAAAAGAACAACACAUCUGCUGGAAACCGAAGUAUGUCCUAUAUGGCUGGAAAAUCUGACAGAGGAUCUCGUCAAAACUGGCCCAAAAGAUAGGAGUACUGAUUUGUUUAUUUCGCCCAUUGAAUGAAAGUUGAAAAUGUUUUGUUUUGCUUUUGUGGAUCUGGUGCAUACCGUUUUUCUGUAACGGGAAGAAUUGACGUAACCUGCUUAUUAAAAUUAUUUUUA